AGCGGGAUUGUUUCGCGCAGGAAGCAGGCUCCAUUUUAGCGCCGCCCGCCGUCGCCAUCUGUUUCCCUUCCCUCCCCGUCGCCCCCUCCCGUCCCCGAAUCCCAACGACAGGGCCGGGCCUGGGGCGCCAGGGGUUGCAGUGAAAGGAGGAAGGGAAGGAGCAGGAAGGGAAAGGGCGAGUGAGGAGGGUGAGCGGCGGAGGCCAAGUGAGCAGCGCGCAGCCCAGCGGCCGGACUGACGGACGUGCCCGAGCCACGGCUGCCGCGGCUGCGGCGCCCGCGCGAGUCGCAUCGAAGCGGCGGCGGCGGCGGCGGCGGCGGAAAUAGGAGGGGAGCAAUGGCGGCCGACAGCCGGGAGGAGAAAGAUGGAGAACUUAAUGUUCUUGAUGAUAUUUUGACUGAAGUACCAGAACAGGAUGAUGAACUUUAUAAUCCAGAGAGUGAACAAGAUAAAAACGAGAAGAAGGGAUCAAAAAGAAAAAGUGACCGAAUGGAAUCUACUGACAUCAAGCGACAAAAACCUUCUGUUCAUUCAAGACAGUUGAUUUCUAAGCCAUUGAGCUCAUCUGUUAGCAACAACAAAAGAAUAGUUAGUACAAAGGGAAAGUCAGUUGGAGAGUAUAAAAAUGAGGAAUAUCAAAGAUCUGAAAGAAGCAAGCGUUUAGAAGCUGAUCGGAAGAUUCGUUUGUCUAGCAGUGCUUCUAGAGAACCUUAUAAGAGUCAACCUGAAAAAACUUGUCUACGGAAAAGAGAUCCUGAAAGGAGGACCAAAUCCCCUACACCAGAUGGUUCUGAGGUAAGAAUUGGGCUUGAAGUGGAUAGACGUGCAAGCAGAUCCAGCCAAUCUUCUAAGGAAGAAGUAAACUCUGAAGAAUAUGGCUCUGACCAUGAGACUGGCAGCAGUGGUUCUUCUGAUGAACAAGGCAAUAAUACUGAGAAUGAAGAGGAAGGGGUAGAAGAUGUGGAGGAAGAUGAAGAAGUAGAAGAAGAUGCAGAGGAAGAUGAAGAAGUAGAUGAAGAUGGAGAAGAGGAGGAGGAGGAGGAAGAAGAGGAGGAGGAGGAGGAAGAAGAGGAGGAGGAGGAGGAGGAAGAAGAAUAUGAACAGGAUGAGAGAGACCAGAAGGAAGAGGGAAAUGAUUAUGAUACUCGAAGUGAAGCUAGCGACUCUGAUUCUGAAUCCGUUUCCUUCACAGAUGGAUCUGUUAGAUCUGGUUCAGGCACAGAUGGAUCAGAUGAGAAAAAGAAGGAAAGGAAGAGAGCUAGAGGAAUUUCUCCAAUUGUUUUUGAUAGAAGUGGAAGCUCUGCAUCGGAAUCAUACGCAGGUUCAGAAAAGAAGCAUGAGAAAUUAUCAUCUUCCGUUCGUGCUGUCCGAAAAGAUCAAACCAGUAAACUCAAAUAUGUCCUACAGGAUGCAAGAUUUUUUCUCAUAAAGAGUAACAACCAUGAGAAUGUGUCUCUUGCCAAAGCUAAGGGUGUUUGGUCCACUCUGCCUGUAAAUGAGAAGAAAUUAAAUGCUGCAUUCCGAUCUGCAAGGAGUGUUAUAUUAAUAUUUUCUGUCAGAGAGAGUGGAAAAUUUCAAGGAUUUGCAAGGCUUUCUUCAGAAUCACAUCAUGGAGGAUCCCCUAUACAUUGGGUGCUGCCAGCUGGAAUGAAUGCUAAAAUGUUGGGAGGAGUUUUUAAAAUUGACUGGAUUUGCAGGCGUGAAUUACCCUUCACUAAGUCAGCUCAUCUCACCAAUCCUUGGAAUGAACAUAAACCAGUAAAGAUUGGACGUGAUGGACAGGAAAUUGAACUUGAAUGUGGAACCCAGCUUUGUCUUCUAUUUCCCCCUGAUGAAAGUAUUGACUUGUAUCAGGUCAUUCAUAAAAUGCGUCACAAGAGAAGAAUGCAUUCUCAGCCCCGAUCAAGAGGACGUCCAUCCCGUCGAGAACCAGUCCGGGAUGUGGGAAGGCGUCGACCAGAAGAUUAUGAUAUUCAUAACAGCAGAAAGAAACCAAGGAUUGACUAUGCCCCUGAGUUUCACCAGAGACCAGGGUAUUUAAAGGAUCCUCGAUACCAGGAAGUAGACAGUUUCACAAAUCUUAUUCCCAACAGACGAUUUUCAGGAGUUCGCCGAGAUGUGUUUUUAAAUGGGUCCUACAAUGAUUAUGUGAGGGAGUUUCAUAACAUGGGACCACCACCACCUUGGCAAGGAAUGGCUCCUUAUCCUGGAAUGGAACAACCUCCACACCAUCCUUACUAUCAGCACCAUGCUCCACCUCCUCAAGCUCAUCCCCCUUACUCAGGACAUCACCCAGUACCACAUGAAGCAAGAUACAGAGAUAAACGAGUACAUGAUUAUGACAUGAGGGUGGAUGAUUUCCUUCGUCGCACACAAGCUGUUGUCAGUGGUCGGAGAAGUAGACCUCGUGAAAGAGAUCGAGAGCGAGAGCGAGACCGCCCUAGAGAUAACAGAAGAGACAGAGAACGAGAUAGAGGACGUGAUAGAGAAAGAGAAAGAGAGCGAUUAUGUGACCGGGACAGAGACCGAGGGGAGAGAGGUCGAUAUAGAAGAUAAUGCGCUUUUGGAAGCACUGAUUGUUUAAAGAUAAAAAAAAAAAUCCUGUAUUUUUUUUCUUUUUUGUGUGUGUUUACAAGUAGUAAAUUUAUUUUCAGCGGUCUACUUAAAGUUCAUUGUGUAGAAGGGUUUAUUAUAUCCCUCUUUGUUCCAAGCAUGCAGUAUAAUAAGAACUGGAAAAACUCAGAUCCUCCAAAAAUACACAGUUAACAAUUUGAGUUGACACUUUUAUUGGAGCAGAGUGGAACAGUCCAAGAAUGUAGAUAUUGAUUCAUUCUCCAUAAAUGUUCAUCUACUUAUAAUGUGUUUAUCCUAGAGUUAUUUUUUGUUUGUUUUCUUUCUUUUGGAUCUUGAUUGAUGACUGCCAUGAUACUUUGCUUUGAUGUGUUUCUAAAUGUAGUUGCACAUGGUUCAGUAAAAAUAAUGCUGCUAUCAAGUAUGCAAAUAUUGAAGUAUGAUGGUUUGACAGUAUGGCAGUGUUGUAGCAGCCUCUUUGUUUCUCCCUUUUCCUCUUUUUUUAAUCUUAAAAAGUCACUUUUUAUUUUUCUUCAGUCUUCAAUGAUGAGAGCAAUAUUAAGAAGACAUUGCUAUCUAAUUUUUAAUCUUUUUAAAUAAAAAAUUCCUAUGUUCAGUAGCAUGGUUAAUGCUUUCGUUUAGCUUUCCCCUCCAAACUGUAUACAUUGGCUUGGAAUGUUCACAACUUGCGUGUGUGGCAGCAGAAAAUAAUUCCCAUAUUCUACAUUGCUACUGUUUUGUAUAAAAUAAAUUGGUAAAGAUUGACACUUA